GUGCCCUCCUCUCCUGCUUGUACAGACUGCUUUUCCAGCAGCAUGGACACAAGAAGCAUAUUAUAUUCCCUGAAUGACUACAAGCCACCUAUUUCUAAAGCAAAAAUGACCCAAAUUACUAAGGCAGCCAUCAAAGCUAUCAAGUUCUAUAAACAUGUGGUACAGAGUGUUGAAAAAUUCAUUCAGAAGUGUAAACCAGAAUACAAGGUGCCUGGACUUUAUGUGAUCGACUCCAUUGUACGACAAUCCCGACAUCAGUUUGGUCAAGAGAAGGAUGUGUUUGCACCCAGAUUUAGUAAUAACAUCAUUAGCACUUUUCAGAAUUUGUAUCGAUGCCCAGGGGAUGACAAGAGUAAAAUAGUAAGAGUAUUAAACUUGUGGCAGAAGAAUAAUGUGUUCAAGAGUGAGAUAAUCCAGCCUCUCUUGGAUAUGGCAGCAGGGAUCCCCCCUCCAGUUGUUACUCCGGUUCUGGCAAGCACCACCACAGCCAUGAGCAACACCCCAGGAACUCCUGUGACACCUGUUACUCCUGCCAAUGUGGUCCAGGGCCUACCUGACCCGUGGGUGUCUCAGAUCACCAACACAGAUACACUUGCAGCCGUGGCUCAGAUCCUACAGAGCCCUCAAGGCCAACAGCUUCAGCAGUUGAUACAGACUUUACAGAUACAACAGCAGAAGCCCCAGCCUUCCAUCCUGCAAGCCCUUGAUGCUGGGCUUGUGGUUCAGCUGCAGGCACUUACAGCACAACUCACAGCUGCUGCUGCUGCCGCCAACACCCUGAAUCCCCUGGAACAGGGUGUCUCCUUUAACAAGAAGUUGAUGGAUAGAUUUGAUUUUGGAGAAGAUUCUGAGCAUAGUGAAGAAUGCAAAAAGGAAAUUCCAACUUCUCAACUUCCUCACGUUUCAGAAUCGGUGAACAAUUCCAUCUUUCAUCAGAUAGCCGAACAGCUCCAGCAGCAGAACUUGGAGCACCUCAGGCAGCAGCUACUGGAGCAGCAACAGCCGCAAAAGGCAACCCCUCAGGAUAGUCAAGAGGGAACGUUUGGGUCAGAGCAUUCAGCCUCCCCAUCACAAGGGAGCAGUCAGCAGCAUUUUCUUGAGCCUGAGCCAAAUUUGGACGAUUCCAUAGAUAUUCAGCAACAGGACAUGGAUAUAGAUGAAGGGCAAGAUGUAGUGGAGGAGGAGAUUUGUGAGCAAGAAGCGAAGAAAGUAGCUGUUCGCUCAAGAUCAAGAACACGUUCCCGGACACGUUCAAGAUCACCCAGAAAACGAAGGUCUAGGUCACGCUCUGGCUCUCGAAAGCGCAAGCACAGGAAACGCUCCCGCUCCCGCUCAAGAGAGAGAAAGAGGAAAUCUUCACGCUCAUACUCCAGUGAGAGGAGAGCCAGAGAACGAGAGAAGGAGCGGCAGAAAAAGGGGCUACCGCCAAUUAGAUCUAAGACGUUGAGCGUCUGCAGCACCACCCUCUGGGUUGGACAGGUGGACAAGAAGGCGACACAGCAAGAUUUAACCAACUUGUUUGAAGAGUUUGGCCAGAUCGAAUCCAUCAAUAUGAUUCCUCCUAGGGGCUGUGCAUAUGUCUGCAUGGUUCACCGACAGGAUGCAUACCGGGCUCUUCAGAAGCUGAGUUCGGGAUCGUACAAGAUUGGGUCCAAGGUCAUCAAGAUUGCCUGGGCUUUAAACAAAGGCGUAAAAACAGAAUAUAAACAAUUCUGGGACGUGGAUCUUGGCGUUACCUACAUACCGUGGGAGAAAGUGAAAGUGGAUGACCUGGAAGGUUUUGCUGAAGGAGGCAUGAUUGAUCAGGAAACUGUCAAUACUGAGUGGGAGACGGUAAAAACUGCUGAACCUGUGAAAGAGCCAGCCCCUACGACUACGCAGAGCCCGCCGCCACCCGUGGAGAAGGAGACUGUGGUGACUACCCAGGCUGAGGUCUUCGCGCCCCCUGUGGCCAUGUUACAGAUUCCUGUCGCACCCGCCGUUCCUGCUGUCAGCUUAGUCCCCCCAGCAUUUCCUGUGUCCAUGCCGGUUCCUCCUCCUGGAUUCAGCCCGUUGGGGCCCCCGCCUCCUUUUCUUCGAGCAAGUUUUAAUCCUUCUCAACCUCCUCCUGGUUUCAUGCCACCUCCAGUUCCACCACCUGUUGUGCCGCCACCUACGAUUCCACCAGCAGUCCCAGCACCUUUAGUGCAGCCACCAUUAUCCAUGACACCAGAGACUGUGAAAGACAUUGGUUUUGGGGGCCUGGUUUUGGCUGGUGGUUCUGUUCCCAGUGGUCUUGCAGCAGCUACACUGCCAGCUGGAAGUGUUGUUUUUAAUCCUCCUACAAAACCAGAUCCUGAAGAAAAAGGACCUCAUCUUCCAGACCACCAGCUUUCUUCUGGUGAAAACCCCAGAGCAGUGAUUCCAAAUGAUGUUUCCGGUAGCCCUGCAAUGCUAGGACCGCCAUCAAAUAUGGGAAACAGCUCUGGAAUUCUGGGAGUUCAAAGACCAAACAUACCGAGUAAUUCAGAAAUUCUUGGAGUUCGGCCGUCAAAUGUUUCCAGCAGCUCGGGGGUUAUUGGAGCCCAGCCACCAAAUCUUCUGACUAACUCUGGAAUUUUGGGAUUACAGCCGCCCAGUGUGUCGAGUAGCUCUGGACUUAUGGGUGUGUUACCCCCACAUAUGCCCAGCAACUCUGGACUUGUAGGAAUACAGCCUCCAACUGUUCCCAGUGCCUCUGGACUUAUGGGAACACAGCCACCAGCUGGGCCUCAAAACUUACCCCCACUGAAUAUCUCUUCUCAAAGAAUGCCUGUGAUGCCAAUGCUUGACCUUCGUCCAGGACUGAUGCCCCAGAUGCCUGGGCCUCGAUUCCCUUUAAUGCAGCCUGGAAUUCCACCCCACCGAGGCCUCCUUCCUCCAUCAGUACUUGAGUCCGCCCUGCACCCACCCCCCCGGGGCCCUUUUCCUCCAGGGGACAUUUUUAAUCAUCCUGAAAGACCGUUUCUAGCUCCCGGAAGGCCAAGCGUAGACAGUGUUCCGAACCCAGACAAAAGGCUGCCCCUUGGCAGUGAUACCAUCCAGCAAGAAGGGGACCGGGAUUACCGGUUUCCUCCACUGGAGGCCAGGGAAAGCCUGAGCAUGCCGCCCCCGGGGGAUGUUAGGGAUGCACUUGGGCGGCCGGUAGAUCCUAGAGAAGGCCCCGGACGGCCUCCUGUAGAUGGGCGGGAGCACUUUGGAAGACCUCCUGUAGACAUGAGGGAGAACCUUGUGAGGCCAGGCCUAGAGCAUCUUGGUCGAAGAGACCACUUUGGCUUUAACCCAGAGAAGCCUUGGGGCCACCGGGGAGAUUUUGAUGAGAGAGAGCAUCGAGUUCUGCCCAUCUUUGGUGGACCAAAAGGCUUGCAUGAAGAAAGGGGUCGAUUUCGGCCCGGCGGCUAUAGAUUUGAUCCUCGAAGUGGUCCUUGGAACAGAGGAUUUGGACAAGAAGUCCACAGAGAUUUCGAUGACCGCAGAAGACCCUGGGAGAGACAGAGGGAUAGGGAUGACCGAGAUUUUGAUUUCUGCAGAGAAAUGAAUGGAAACCGCCUUGGACGAGACAGAAUUCCAAACACCUGGGUACCCCCUCCCCAUGCUCGGGUUUUUGAUUAUUUUGAAGGGGCUGCUUCUCAACGAAAAGGUGACACUGUGCCUCAGGUGAAUGGUGAGAACACAGAAAGACAUGCCCAGCCGGCAUCAUUACAAGUCCAGAAGGACCCCGGACUCUAUGAGAAACUGCCCUCCUCGAGUGAGCUAAGCAAGGAGAAGAGUGACACAGUUGCUGAUGUAGAAAGUGAACCAGUGGUAGAAAGCACAGAAACUGAGGGGACAUAAUCAUCACUCAGUAGGCAAGAUGAUGCAUGAAGUUCUGGCCACUUCCCGUGUCCCAGCCUUGUAGAAAUAAGUGAGACGUACUUCAGUUCCAAUGUGCAUCACAUCGGAUCUUGGUUAAGGAAGGAGCUCACCGCUGCCUAUGGGGAAGGCUCCGUGCUCCCAGACGUUGUGUCUCAUUGACUCCAGAGGUUGCAAGCAUGCCUCCCUCUAUGGCCCGUUUGGAGCAGGUUUAAUUUUAUAAAUUGUAAACACGAACUCUAUGAGUUUCAAGUUCCUAUGCGUUGUGUUUGAGCAUCCACUCAGAUGAAGAGCACUGCAGCUGUGAAAGAUAAGCACUUCCACGGGACUGGGAUCGCAUUAGAGCAGCCAACUCCGUCUGGAGCAACCAGCACCCUGGAACAGGAAGGACAGAUUGCAAGGAAACCUUCCCAGGGGGACAGAAAGUCAUCUGUUGUUGGCAUUACACACCACCGAAACCAUCACUUGAGCAAACCAAGACUUUUCCCUUUGAACCACACCGGGCUCAGAUGGUCACGUUCUUGACCAGUCCACCCUUAUUCUUUAUCUUCUUGGAUGCUCUCAGAUGCUGAAAGUCUUACACUUUCACGGAAAAGAAAUAAUGACGCUUUGAGAAAAUCCAAGCUUCCAUAGAGUCUGCCAGUGCCUCAUGCCCAGCUUCUUGUCCUGGCAUCCUGACACACAGCUGGUCAUAUGGGUGAUGGAGGACGAUGGGCCUUGUGGGAUGAGGAAGGCGGUUACAGGGGCGGGCCUGCUACACUGUGUCGUCAACCCACUUUCCGAGUACAUUGAUUGUUCGCGGCUUCUCCCGGCAGAGGUGACAAAUGUUCGCCGCCAGUCUCCAGAGCAGGGUUUGUGGCCUGGGAAUGGUCAGUGCUCAUAAGAAAAGAAAGACAAAUUCAGACAUGAGCGUGCUUCACAUCCCCGCCGAGUGUUCUUUUCUUUCUUUGCUCUGUCAAAAAUUAAAGUGCUUGGAAUGCUGUC